ACAAAGUGGAUAUUGAAGUUUUAGGUGUCCUGUUCAGGUCUGAAGAGGCUCAUUUCGCUUUUGGUUGAGCUGCGAGACACAACCAGACGGAUCUGUUCGCCUCCUACUUCACCAUAAUGAGUGAGAAUCUGCCCCGGAGGUAUUUCAUGUACUUACCUGGGUUACGUUUUCCCUAGGUCGAAUAGGCUGUGUCUUGUUUACAGCCGUAGUUCCUGGCACAAACGUCAUCAACUGUCUGACAACUCGGAGGCGGUGACCACACAGACAACCAAUCAGAAGGCGGGUAGGAGCGCUCAUAGACUCCGCACAUUUAAAUACAGCGCAGAAUUCCGGCCGCCUGUCACUUUACAGGAAACGAGAGAGGAACCCAUUUCAAAGCAAAAAGAAACACGGGUGAAAUGAAAACAUCUGAAUUAGUCACUGGACUCCGCUUUGAAUCCAACUAAAGGUACAAAUCGACGACUUGGUACAGUACAGUUCCACUAUUUUGGAAGUUUUGCUCUGUUUUUGAUAGACUAGAUCUUCAGUAUAAUAAUAGACUACAGCGGGACUUUGUGCCGGAGCUUGAAUCAUUUGGGACGCUGACGCCUCGGUGUCCAAGCAGCAUCUUUACAGCGCACUUUUAACAUUUGACUGUGUGAUUUGAAAUAUGUCCACAAUAAUGGAACAGCCUUUUUAUGACGACUCGUUUCUCUCUGCUUAUGGCCAUCCAGGCGCAGCACUGCCAGACUACAAGCUGCUAAAGCAGAAUAUGAACUUGAACUUCCCUGAUUCAUAUCGGAACUCAAACUUCAAGUCGCAGCACCUGCGCGCCGAAAGUGACUUCUAUUCAACGGGGUCUGCGGACGUCGGCUCCCUGAAGCUCGCAUCUCCUGAACUGGAGCGCCUCAUCAUCCAAAACAGCAACGGGGUCAUCACUACAACACCGACACCUGCCCAUUACCUCUUCAACCGCGGGAUCACAGAGGAGCAGGAGGGCUUUGCUGACGGUUUUGUGAAAGCUCUGGACGAUCUGCACAAAAUGAACCAGAUGGCACCUCCAAACGUGGCCAUUGGUACCGCUGGCGUUUCCUGCUCAGGUCCAGUCUCGGUGUUCGGCUCUUCCAUGCAACCAGAGCCUCUAGAAUACACCAACCUAAGCAGUUGCGCAACGAACCCCAGCCUGUCCUCUGGAGCAAGCUAUCCCUCUACAACUAUCAGCUACCUGCCUCACCAUCAGUACCACCAGCACCCCCAGGCCGUAGCGCACGGAUCUCACCAUUUCCAGCACGCCCUGGCAGGUGCAGGCAUCCACUCACAGCGGUUCGGCGGGUUGAAAGAGGAGCCCCAGACAGUCCCUGACAUGCACAGCAGCGACAGCGGGUCUCCGCCGAUGUCUCCCAUUAAUAUGGAGAACCAGGAGCGGAUCAAAGCGGAGCGCAAGCGUCUGAGAAAUCGACUCGCUGCCUCCAAAUGUCGGAAGCGCAAGCUGGAGCGCAUCGCUCGCCUGGAGGACAAAGUUAAAGGGUUGAAAACGGACAACGCCGGGCUGUCGAGCACAGCUUCUGUACUGAGAGACCAGGUGGCGCAACUCAAACAGAAAGUCAUGACACAUGUGAGCAGCGGCUGCCAGCUUAUGUUAGCGCCCAAAGUAAAGUCUUAUUGAAGAAACAGCACUUUUAAAAAACACUGGACAUGAACUGCACUGACACAACGAACAAUGUCUUUUGAAAUAACUGGAUCAUUAUGGUUUCUUUGUUUAAAGGAACUGAAGCCUACACGGAAAUCACAAAAGACUUUAACACUUUGGGCAUUUUUGAAUACGUUUUAAAAGGUCCUUUAGGCUUUGCCUGUUUACAUUUUACUUUAAUGGAUAUUUGUGAUGUAUUCUUGUGUAAGUUAUUUGCGUUUGUCAGGUUGAGCCUGUAUUUUGUUUUUUACCUGUACAGUAUAUAUUUAAGUAAAUGAAAUUAUGAAACAAA